AUGAAUAUGUAAACUAAAUUUGCACUCAAAAUUAAAUCAAGUAAUUAAUCAACUAAUGGGUGGAUCGCUCUAGGAGUUGCUUUGUAAAAAAAAAAUUUUGGGUUUGGACUAAAUGUAGGACAUGGAGCUUAUUUAAUUUCGUCAAAUAAAGGAUCAUGGAGUCAUUCAGAUGCUAAUAAUAAUAAUAUAGUAAAAUCAUUUGAUUUUUCAGAUGGAAAUAUUGUUGAAUUAUUGUUUGAUCCAAUUGAUGGAAAUUAAAUGUCUAUAAUAUACGUAGUUGUUUCUAGAUAAGAUGUAUUUUUAGCUGAUUAUACAACAUCCUAGGGAAAUUUUUAAAAUGUAAUGAAAUAAGUAGUAUAAAACGAUAUAAAAAAAAAGUUCGAAUAUUACAAUUCAAGUGAGUGUGAUACUAUAACAAAAAUUAAAUAAAAUAUUAACGAAACUAAGGAUGUAUUAAUUGUUAAUAUGGAUAAAAUUAUGGAUAGAGGAGAAAAACUCGAUAUUAUUUGCAAAAAAUCAGAGGAUAUGCAAAAAAUUUCACAUACAAUGAAAAGAUAAGCAGGAAAAGUACAUAGUGCAAUGAAAUGGAGAAAUUAUAGAAUGUACAUAGCGAUUGCUAUAAUAGUUUUAUCUUUGAUUGGAAUUAUUGUACUUAUAUGCACUGUUUGA